AAACUUAAAUGCCAAACACAGCCUUAAAAGUUUGUAGUCUGACAGCUGAGGUUUUGGAAGUUAAAAAGACAGCGACGCAAAGAUCUCUCUCUGGUCACACGUACGAACUUGCGGUCUCUAUUCCCACACGCUCGACGCCUUACAUUCCCGACACGUGUCACCCCAGAUUUUCCCACCUGCCAGCCAGGCGUCAACCCUUUCGUUUAUCUUUUUUUUUCUUCGUCUCCUUCUUUUAAUGAUUUCAAUUCAAUUCAAUGCCCAAUACUUUUUUAAUUUUUUGCUUUCCGAUUUCAUUAAAUUGGGCUGUUGAAUUCCCCUCUGAGUGAGCUCUGUAAAUCAUACAUACAUUUUAAUCUUUUAUUAAUUAUUAAUAAUUAAAGGGUAUUGAUUGAUUUCGUGAAUCUCUGUGGAUAGAGAAGAGAUUAAUGGCGAAGAAUUAGUAAUCUAUUUAUUGGAAUUGAGAGAGAGAGAGGAGGGUAUUUUGAUAUUUAUCUCUCUAGAAUGGUUUUUUCCUUGUCUCUCUCUCUCUAGAUUUGUAUCGAGGUCCGAUCUUGUUUGUUGGCGAUGGGGGCGUGCGUUUCACGGCCGGAGAAUUGCGUCGGCGGUAAAUUAGGUGGUUCGAGAAAGAAGAAGAGUAGAAAUAGAACAAAGGGUUUUAAACGAAGGUCCAAUCGAUCAUCAGAUACAGUCGACAAGCUUUCAUCUUUGCCCGUCGAUCGCCCCUUCUCUAACCCCACUUUUCACGGAAGUGUGGAGGAAGCAUGGUUCGAUUCAGCUGCAGUGCUCGAAUCCGACUGGAGUGACGAAGACUUCCAAAGCCUCCCCGACGAUGUGAUCUCUGUAAAUGGCUCAUCGACUCGUAAUUCAGUUAGCGAAGCAGCUAGUAAAAGCUCGGUUCAUCCAAAUCUACCCGUGUUUCUUGAUGAUAUAUCGACCUCUUCGGGUGAAAAUGGCGGUGGAGAAAGUAUAUUGGAUAAUUGUGGAAUCAUCCCGAAUAAUUGUUUGCCUUGUCUAGCUUCUACCGUGCCACCUGUCGAAAAGAGAAGAUCGCUCAGCUCUAGCCCUCCGAGUAUUAGAAAGAAGAAACUCUCGUUUAGAUGGCGGGAAGAAUAUCCCGUUGCCACUUUACUUUCAUCGAAGGCGUUUCUGCAAAGACCUAUAGCUGGUUCGCAAGUACCGUUUUGCCCCUUGGGGAAGAGAAUGCCUGAUAGUUGGUCGGACGUUGAGGCGGGGAGUUUCAAGGUCAGAGGGGUGAAUUAUUUCAGGGAUAAAAAGAAGGACCUUGCUCCGAAUUGUGCUGCAUAUAACCCUUUUGGCCUCGAUGUAUUUUUAUCGCAGAGGAAAAUCGAUCACAUUGCUCGAUUUGUGCAACUUCCGAUUAUUAAUUCUUCCGGGAAACUUCCACCGAUUCUUGUUGUAAAUGUUCAGAUGCCGUUGUAUCCUGCAGCAUUUUUUCAGGGUGAAACAGACGGAGAAGGAAUAAACUUUGUUUUGUACUUUAAGCUUUCUGAAAAUUACGCCAAAGAACUUUCGACCCGUUUUCAAGAAAAUAUUAGGAGAUUAAUCGAAGACGAAGUAGAAAAAGUCAAAGGCUUUCCUCUAGAAACGGUUGCGCCUUUUAGGGAGAGGUUGAAAAUAUUGGGGCGUGUAUCGAAUGUAGAGGACUUGCCUCUAAGUGCUGCUGAGAGAAAGCUCAUGCACGCGUACAAUGAAAAACCCGUUCUUUCUCGCCCUCAACAUCAAUUUUACUCUGGUGAGAAUUAUUUUGAAAUAGAUUUGGACAUGCAUAGAUUCAGUUACAUAUCAAGAAAAGGGUUCGAGACAUUCUUGGACAGGCUAAAGCUGUGUGUCCUGGAUUUCGGAUUAACGAUUCAGGGUAACAAAGCUGAAGAGUUGCCAGAGCAGAUACUAUGUUGUAUACGGUUGAACGAGAUUGAUUAUUCGAAUUAUCAACAACUUGUGUUUACUGAAUAAACCCUUUGAAUGGGUUGUUUGCAUACCAAAGAUGUAAGCAUCAGAAUAUUAUAUAUGCAGCUUUUGAUGAAGCUCUAUUCCCCAGGGUCCUA